AUGAUGAUACUCUCUUUCCGUAAGUAGGAAAUGAGUGAGUCAACACACACACACACACACACACACAUGGUAUAUGUAUGAAUCCGUGCGGAUGCAGAGACCAAGGCCGACGAGCUGUCUGUCAUCAAAGAGGUGGUAUUCGAAAUUCGCGAAGCAGUCGCCAUCUCGCCUGACGUCGUCAAAGUCGGAAGGUAGGUACGAUUGACACACAUGGCCACAGUGAGUGAACAUGUGAGAGAGGGACCAUUGUGCAGAUAGAUUCGGAUGGAUGCCGGUCCGAAUCUAUCUGUCUCUCCAUCUCUGGAUGUACGUAUGCUCACAUGUUGCAAACAGAUGGCCGUGGCGCACUUUCAACACGACGUCCCUCCGGGCGGAUUUUGCGAAAGAAUCCACAACUGCGGCGGAACGUUUUAACGUGAGUGAGCAACAGACAGACAGACAGACAGCCAGACAGACAGAAGAGGUCGACUUCCAAAUGUACGUGCAUGUCUCUCCUCCCCUUCCCGCCCUCUGCUUUUGUGGCGUCUGUCUGGCGUCCGUGCCCCCAGGAUAUGCUGAAAGUCAAGACGUCGGGUACCUGGUUUGGCACCAGCGACACUCUAGAUCGACGCUUCCCCAAACGUAAGCUGACGCCUGUCUGUCCACUGCACUCAUUGGGUGUCAACAAAAUGACUGCAAGCAAACAGGCAAGAAACUGCUGUACGAGCCGAAUUGUCUGCGCCGCGCCCCGGCUACGUGUGAGGGGGAGGACUACCCUGGCCAAAAGAGAAUGGAAGAGGUACGUCGUGUUGAAAGUGCGCCACGGCCAUCUGUUUGCAACAUGUGUGCCAUACUCGAUGGCGUGGCAGGGUUUGUACGAAGCUAUGUCCAUCUGGUAUGUAUGAAGAUCGGGACAUCGGCCGGCAGGUCAUCCAUCCAUCCAUCCAUCCAUCCAUCGAGGACCUGUAUGUGAACGUGCAAUAGGCAUUUGGAGUGCGCGUAUUUGUCCUUUCACGCGAGCGACGAGAACAUCACCAUGUCCACACCAGAAAGGUUCUGGUUCAUCUACAAUGUAAGCAAGCCUUUAUCACGCGUGCACUGUCUGUGGCUCACACACAUCAAAUGGACGCGUUGACACGGCUGUCUGUCUGACUGACUGACAAUGUCUAAUACUCUAUAUCAGAUGUACCGCAAGGACAUUGAGGACGGCAUGAUCAGAUUGGAAGACACCAUCUACAAGGCAUGUAUCUCCCACAAGCGACCGACCGCACAAAGACAGACAUGCACAGCACACAUAGAUACAUACAUACAUAUGUUGGGGACGUUUGUGUGUGCAGGAGGCGCGUGAGGAGAUGGCGGGGCAUUCAAACACGUCCCUGACGCUCUGUAUCUUCGCCUUUGUGGUGGUCUUUAUCGCUUCCUGUAACACAUAUAUCACCGCCAACCGCCUCAGGUAUGUUUGCACUAAUGAAACUCCAUCCAUCCAGCCAGCCACCCAUGUGUCUCACGUGCCCUUGUCUUCCUUUGUGUGUGUGUGUGGGUAUUUAUUGUGUGUGAUUGUGUGUAUGCAUAUAUUGCGCGCACCAUGUGCGACAGGGAUGAGUUGUGGCGUGCGAUGGAGGUGCUGCGUAUUUUGCCGUGGAAGAUGGUCGAGGAGCAGCAGCUCAUGCAGCGCUUCUUCGGCCUCAACAUCGAGGAGGAGUCCGAAGGCGAUGAAGGGUCGGAGCCCUCCGGAGACUUACAAGACGUACGUCAGCAAAGGAACGACGCAGACAGAACAAUCGGAGACAUGGGUGCUAUCUAUCCAUCUAUGCCCGUUCGUGCAUGCAGGUGGCCGCCAAUAAUGACACUGACAACCGCGUGUGA